AUUACUUAAAAUUGAAAUUAUAUUUAAAUAAUAAUAAUAAUAAUAAUAAUAAUAAUAAUAAUAAUAAUAAUAAUAAUAAUAAUAAUAAUAAUAAUAAUAAUAAUAAUAGAAAUCCAAUUAUUCUAAAGAAUACUUGGCAACUCAUUUCGUUUAACCAAUCAACUUAUCAGACUAAUAUAUUUUCAGACCAGUCAAUCAAUUAA